CGGUAUUUAAGCAGGUUGCACUAUACAUUACGAUUUCCUUCAUUCAAUUUCUAGAGUUUAACUCGUCUGUACGUCCAUUAAAAAUUAGUUGCCAGUGCUUUUUAUCAGUAAAAUUAGCAAUAAAGUAAUUGCUCUAAUUUAAGUGAUUAAAAAAGAAAUUCUUUAAGAAAAAGUCAAAAUAAUUAAGUAGAAAUAUGAAGUACGUAACUCGACCAGCUCCAGCACCUCCAGGCUCACAAUUAAAUACAAUGAAUAAUAAUCAUGUUAAUCCAGCAAUGAGUAAUAAGCCUAAACCACCUCGACCACCACCGCCGAGAGUAACAGACCAAAAGCCUGCUGCAAAGGAGCCAAUGAGAAUAUUCUCGAACCUAUUUGGUGCUUCAAAGAAAUCUAGUAAUAAAUCGAAUGAGAAAUUAUCACAAAUGGAAGUUAAACUUCCGCUACCAAGACUUCCUCCACCCACAUCAACGUCAGUAAGACAAAAUCAAAACUUCACAACUUUAUCAUCGACAGUAACAGCAGCACAGCUCAUAAAUUUUGAUGAAUCACCGCCUGAGUCUCCCGUUGGUUUCAUUAAGAAAUCAAAUACAGGUGGAAGUGACUCGGUGUCAAUCGACAGUUUCUGUUCGACAAAUUCAUCACCAAACAAUUUUGGAUUAAAUUCUGGUACAACAUCACAAGCUGAAAGUGGUUUCGAAGACGAUUUUAGUGUGUCUGACUUUAAGGUUUCAUCACGCGCCGCAUCGCGUUCAACAACUUUUUCCAAUGAUCCAUUUGACUGUUUAGAUGAAUUUUCAUCAUCGACGAAAAAUCAGCCUGUAAAAACUAAUAACUUUGGAAAUAUUCGUAAUUUGAAGCCAUUAAUUCAGCCUAAACCAGUCAGUAUUGGUAACACAAACUUUUAUUCAACAUCAAAUAGUUCAGCACCGUCGCCUGCUAAUUUUGAUGAUACAUUAAGCAAUGGCAAGAAUUUGGUAAAACCACAAAUUUUAAGUAUGCCAACAAUCAUUAAGCCAGCAUCACAGAAUAGUAAUCGUAAACCAUCACCAAUUCAUGUGCCUUUAUCAUCACAAAAUAAUGACGUAAUUAAGAAGAAAUCUCUGGCUCCACUUCCGCCAGUUCAAUAUAAGCAACUAGACUCGACAAGUGAUGAAAGUUUUGAGGAUGAACCACCAUCUCCUCCAAUGCCUACAAUUCCUGCACCUGUGUUAGUUUUUGAUGGACUUAAUAAUGAUGCAAAUGACGAGGAGAAAGAUAGCUAUGGAAUAGCUCUUUAUGAUUAUGAGAGUGAAGUCACAGAGGACCUAAACUUUAGAGCAAAUGAGAAAAUUUAUUUAAUACAACAAAUGAAUGAUGAGUGGAUGUAUGGGAAAAAUAAACGAGGCUGUGAGGGAAUAUUUCCAAUAAGUUAUGUUGAAAUUAAAGUGCCAUUAAAGAAUCCACAAACGGAUUCUGGCACAGCAUCAAGAAGUGAGUCUGUAAGUCCGGCUGUAACAGCCGUGAGUAGUCAUCGAGUUCGAGCUCUUUAUACAUUCGAUGCUGAGACUGAUGGAGAUUUAACUAUCCUUGAAAAUGAAAUUGUGAAUGUCAUGUACGAGAUAAACAGCGAGUGGCUUUAUGGAUCAAAUAGCUAUGGACAGUAUGGACAAUUCCCAUCAAAUUUCAUUGAAUUUAUACCACAUAACUUACCACCGAUGCCUAAAUAAGCAAAAAGCUGAGCUUCAAGAAGUUUUCUUACUAUCGAUAUAUUAUCAAUUUGUAAAGAAUGUAUAUAGCUUCAAAUUUUAUUUUAGUGCAUAAAGAACUACUCAUAUUUACAAUUAUUGCUCUAAUAUUUCAUCAAACAUUGAACUGAAACUUUAUUUCUUAAAUUUAUGGAACCAAGAGAAGAAAAAAAAAGUUUGUAGAUCUGUAAAAUCAUCGUCAUGUCACAUUUGUAACCCCCAGAAAUAGGUUUUGCUAUUUUUAUGAAUCCGAUAUACUUACUGCAUAUGAAACUAGAAUUAUUUUAAUGUUAAAGUAAUGAACUAAGUAUUUAAUGUCCUUUAAAUUGAAUGCAAGCCUGCUUAGGAAAUAAAGAAUGGAAAAAUUACGAAAACAUGGAAAAAGUGUGACUUUUUA